CAUCCCGAGAGUCCUCGGUGGGGAUACGUGGGAGAGAAUCGCGUCGCAGGAUCGAGAGGGAAGCCAGAAAAGUCGGGGACUCCGGGCCAGCGCGGAGCGACCUAACCUCCAAACCGCGAGGACUCGCGCCGUUCUCGGAUCUCUCUCUCGUAUUAAUACUCCAGUUACGGUGUUUACGCGUUUACUCGCGGUGAAUCGAUCGAUAUACCCAUACAUAUACCUAUCGGCGUGCGAACGCAUCGUCCUCGCCUUAUCGUCGAUCUCGGUAUUCCCUAUCGCGGUGUUUCUUCGAAAGAGUAGUUGCCUCUCUCUCCCUCUCACGGGCGCCGUAUAUCGCCGUCUCCCUCUGUGCGCGAUUCCGACACUCCGAGAGACAUGCUGCUGCCGCUGGUGCUGCUGUUCUCGCUCGCUGAUUGGCUGUCGACCGGCUGGGCACAGCAGUUGUAUCAAGGUGACGACUGCAGCCAUUUGUUAGACAACGCUUCUGGAAGAUGUUCAACGAUAGACGAAUGUCAAGAGGUGAAGAACAUGCUUCUAGCUGGGAGGAGACCCGAUGCAAUUUGCGGGUUCUCAGGGUACAGCCCAAUUGUUUGCUGUCCAACUAGUCGCAGCACCGUACCUGUAAUCACAAAUCCUUCAACAUCUCAAAGUCCAUUUAUCGACGAAAGUGGAGAAUCCAACGAAGAAAGAGACUAUGGACGAGUUGCGAGACAGAAGUGCGCCGAGUACGCCAAGUCCGUCUACGCCCAGAUACUUCCCCCAAUUUUGAGCGCAGGCAGGAAACCCGUAAACGUUUCUCUUUGUGCCAUAAAGUCGAAGAAGCUCAUCGUCGGUGGUACAAAGUCGGAGCCGAAAGAAUUCCCGCACAUGGCGGCCGUGGGUUAUGAAACGGAUAGCGGAAUCCGGUGGCAAUGUGGCGGAACCCUCGUCUCCGAGAAUUUCGUCCUGACCGCUGCACAUUGCACGUUUAGCAUAAACUGGGGAAGUGCCAAGUGGGUGAGAGUGGGCGAUUUAAAUCUUGCGAGGGACAAUGACAACGCGAAGCCGCAGGAACGGCAAAUCGUCGAGAGGAUCAGACACCCGGAAUACAAGAAACCUUCUUUGUAUCAUGACAUUGCUCUGCUUAGGCUUGACAGACCUGUCAAAUUUGACGCCUACGUCAGGCCUGCGUGUCUAAGGACAUUGCCCGAAUAUUCUGGCGAUGAUGUCGUCACGAAAGCGGCCGCAACGGGAUGGGGUGGAGUAGAUUGGGCCGACGAGGAAGGUUCCCAGGAUCUUCUCAAGGUUACUCUGCCAAUGGUGUCUGCACAGAAUUGUAAUCAAAGCUUUACAAGAGGUCCUCCUGACGCCAGAAUAAGAAACGGGAUUAUGGGCGAUUGGCAGCUCUGUGCCGGGGAGUUGGGAAGGGACACUUGUCAGGGCGACAGUGGCGGCCCUCUUCAGGUUUUCAACAACGAGCAGGAAUGCAUGUACGACGUCAUCGGUGUUACCAGUCUUGGAGCAUUUUGCGGGAGCGUCGUUCCAGGAAUUUACUCCAGAGUUUAUCACUACGUUCCCUGGCUGGAGAGCGUAAUCUGGUCGUAGGGUUAGGUGUCAAAUAAAAAAUGAAAAUAGGCAAAAAAACUGAAAAACAAAUAAAAAAGAAAUCCUCCCUCGCGGGAUUUUA